AUGUAUUCGGUGUUUUCACACAUUCACAUCGAUCAAUAUCCAGAGUCGAAAAUUAUUAAGAACAAGAAACCCAGAGGCCGUUUUGCGGCAUACAAAAAUGCUUUGGGUGCAAAAAAUGAAGACGAAGCGAUAUACCGAAAGCAUAAGUGCAAAAUCUGCGGAGGAGGAUUCCGUCGCCUGGAAAACUUGAAGAGACAUUUUAUAAGUGUUCAUACCUCAGAGAAGCCCUAUGUCUGUAAGGUCUGUGGAAAGGGGUUCUCUCGACCCGACAAUUUGGUGGAUCAUAUGAAAAUUCACACGGUUUCGGCUUGA